AUGUCUGUAUUCAAGGCAGAGCUUCCACAGCGGGGAGCAGACUUUAAGUCUUCUUCACCUGUGAAAGUUGUUUUCUCAAAGGUGUUUCCCGCCGACUUUGAGCCGAUACUACGCGAACACAUAACCCGACCUUACCAACUUGAUGACGAACAUUCCCAGGAGGCAUGGAGGCGACUUCCAGAGAUUCCCUUUGGCGCAGAGAUAAACCCCGGCUCUACACAUGGCGCCACUCAUACAGAAGCUCUACCGGAAAAUAUUAUGGGAGGUCCCUGGGGAAGCAAAGAGGCUUAUAUCGGCUCUCAGUAUCAACUCCUCCGCUACGAUGCCAUAUAUCCAUUACUGGAUGCAGUUCGUUCUUACAAAGAAAACCCAGGGACUUCUGACCUUCAAACCACCUCUAUUUAUACAAAUGUCUUUAUUGUGGGGUAUACCUUUGCAAAUAUGGGUGUUGCAGCCCGUGUCGAGUUCUCUACGGAGCGUGCUGGUAAGCGUAUUCGCUGGCCUCAAUCCAGCCGCCUGCAGCAAGGUACCAUGGUCGCCCUCAGUCCAGUGCAUGACAACUUCAAAACUAUUUGCAAAGUUGCAAUUGUUGCUGCUCGUCCACUGGCGGCAGUAGAAAAAGAUCCGCCGCAGAUUGACAUAUUCUGGGCUAGCAUUGAGGAAUCCGAGUUUGAUCCAACAGAGGAGUAUGUGAUGGUCGAGGCCAAAUCUGGGUAUUUUGAAGCCAGUAGGCAUAUGCUUGUUGCAAUGCAAAAGUUGAUGUCCGAGACUUUUCCCAUGGCAGAACAUUUGAUGGAACUGAGGAAGACAGUGGGCCCACCCGGAGAUGUUGAAAAGCAACCUCGUAUGAACCUGAGUGCAUUACUGCCUGCUGAAGCAGCCCGCGAAACACUCACAGCCGGAGAUUUUGACGCGAACGUGUUUCAAGAUGUGGAUAUUCUAGGCCAGUGGCCUGCUCUCAAGGGUUCUCAAUUGGACGAUUCUCAAAUGGCCGCUGUGCGCAGAAUACUCUGCAAAAAGGUAGCAAUAAUACAGGGUCCUCCUGGAACAGGAAAGACAUUCGUGUCUAUAACGGCAUUGAAGAUCAUGCUGAACAACUGGAUAGUUGGAGACCCUCCAAUUUUGGUAUCUGCUCAGACAAAUCAUGCAAUUGACCAGCUACUAAAUUUGAUUGAGCCUUUUGAGCCGAACUUUCUUCGCCUCGGAGGAAGAUCUAGCGAGUCCAACGAAAUCAUUCAAUUGAGGACGCUGUAUAGGCUUCGAGGCCAACUCGCAAUCGGGGUAACCGGUAGUGCCGGCAGGAUACGAAUUGCCCAGGAUGCUCUUAAACGAAUUUCAGAGGAGAUUAUCCAUGACAUCCAAGAUAUGAAUGACCAAGGCGCAGAAGAAGCCAGCGUUUUCCUCAAGCUAAACCUCAUAACCCAAGAGCAGUAUGACUCACUUAAUGAUGAUGAAUGGGUGGACGCAGGCGCCGAUGCUGGCGGCGUUCUCUAUUCCUGGCUUGGUCUCGAUCAACAGGUCCUUCCCAGGCGAUGCCCUCUUAGCAACAACGGAUUUGAAGACGAUGAGGAUGAGGAUGACUACGAAUAUGAAACCCUCAACGAGGCAGAACUUGAGGCACGAAAGUCAAAGGACGAAGAUGACAUUGAGGCGCUAAAGGGCAAAUAUGUGCCAUAUCGAAGAGAGUUCAUUGGCAGGAACAGCAGGGCACGCUCAAAUAUUCAAGUUGGGGCAAUUCUCUGCACGACACCAAAUCUUUGGGACAUUGAUGAAGAGGAUCGUGGCGCAAUUUACCAAUACCUGAAGGAUGCCGCCACCAAAGAAUAUCUGGCUAGUUUUCGACGACAUUUGACAGACUAUUCGAGAGCAAUGGAUCGUCUCAAGAUUGCAAGAUGGCAGGGCGACGCUACUUUCAUUCGAAAGACUGGUAUUAAGCUUAUCGGGUGCACCACAACCGGUCUUUCCAAAUAUCGAGGAUUGCUCGCAUGUCUGAAGCCGCGCACUCUGCUCAUCGAAGAGGCGGCCGAGACUUUAGAGGGAACCAUUCUGGCCGCCAUGCUUGAGAGUUUAGACCACCUUAUUCUAGUCGGUGACCAUCAACAACUCCAAGCCCAUUGCAACGUUUCGCAUCUCGAGAGACACCCAUACAAUCUCAGUGUAUCGCUGUUUGAGCGGUUGGUAAAUAACGGAGUUGAGUUCACUAUGCUUAACAAACAGCGUCGAAUGAUUCCGGGCCUACGAGAGCUUUUGAGCCCAAUAUACGAAGGCUUGGAAGAUCACCCUUCGGUCCUUGAUCGGCGUGUUCGCCAGCCGAUCCCUGGAAUGGGAGGUCGGGACUCGUACUGUUUCCAUCAUACUUGGCUAGAGAGCAGAGAUGAUGCACAAAGCACGUACAAUAUUGAGGAGGCGAAUAUGAUUGUCGCAUUCUUUAACUACCUGGUGUUGAAUGGCAUUGAUUCUUCGAAAAUAACGGUUCUGACAUUUUACAAUGGCCAACGCAAGCGACUUCUCACAUUGCUGAAGAGAGUUCCAAACCUCGCUAUUCGCGGGCCAUUCAAUGUAUUCACAGUUGACUCCUAUCAAGGCGAGGAGAACGACGUUAUAUUACUGUCACUAGUCCGUAGUAAUGCGCAUGGGACCAUUGGAUUCCUUGAGAAUAAGAACCGCGCUGUUGUGGCUCUGUCCCGUGCCCGACGUGGCAUGUAUAUCUUUGGAAACUGUAUCAAUCUUCUUCGUUCCGAAGCGGAAAGCUACGACUUUUGGUUUUCUGUCAUGAUGACCAUGAAAUCGCAAGGGCGCUUUGACAUCAGUUCUGGGUUUCCUAUCGUGUGCUCUACUCAUUCAACUGAAACGGUGGUUGAGUCUUCCGUUGAGUUGGACAAUUUGACUGGUGGCUGCGGCGUCAAAUGUAAUGGUGUUAUGCCUUGUGGUCAUAAGUGCCGGUACAAUUGUCAUUCCUUCCCGCACGAGGAUCUAUUUUGCAAGGAGCCCUGCACAAAGGCAAUGAAUUGUAAUGCCGCUCACACUUGUAGCAUGCGUUGCUCUGACCCAUGCGCUUGUCCUUGUGAAAAGGCAAGUCAAGCUGCUGCUACUGACAAUCUCCCACUACUUGCAUCACCUGCUGUUGCCGACGAUUCUGUUGCACCUGCUUUGUAUCCAGCAGUUCAUUCUCUCGAGUCAGAGUUAUUGGAAAAUGUUGAGAUAUUUGAUGCGACCGCCUGGCGGGAAUGGGAUGCCCCAACGUCUGAUGGUAAUGCGAGACAAUCUACUGGGCCUCCUCCCAGCAAGAAGACACUUGUUAUUCGAGAUCGUUAUCGACCCGUGGACCUUUCAAACGGUGCUAGGCAAACCGGGCGGACAAAUGUAGCAAUAUUGCACAACCCCCCAAAUAUUUCCGUUCAGGUAGAACAAAGACGAUCGCCCAGCGGAUCUCCUCAACCACUCCUAAGUAGUACGGAGGGCUUUGUCCAUCAACCCGAUGAGAAUUUCCCUCCUGUGCCACCAAAAUCUAGCCCAAAUCCAGACACUUAUGCUACAAUCGCCGGGGCACCCAGCCUCCCACAUAGAAUCGGCGACUCGACUAAAGUCAUUGCGUCAGCACAGAAGAAUAACAAUGGACAAGGUACAAAGAAGGCUUCUACAAAGAGUCCAUUGGUCUUCAAGUCAGAUCGUUCCUACAGUGGGGUUCCUCCUCCCCCGACUAACAACACUGAGCCUGGUGCUUCGACGCAAAUCGCGACCACGACAGGACCUGUUCCCGCCUCUCCCACAAGACUUUUUGUUUCAGGGGUCGCCAGGGCUGAAUCGAGCGCAUCACUGAAACUUCUUUUCAUGCAAUGUGGUACUGUUUUGGACGCCUUCGUUAGGAAUGGUGAAGCAAAUGCAACACCUGGCUCCCCUAAUAGAUUCGGUUUUGUCACCAUGGCUUCCCCAGUGCAAGCAGAUGCCGCAAUAACGAGACUACAUGGAACACGUCGACACGGUCAUCCCCUAAGCGUCCAGAUAGCUAAGAGCAAUGAAAACAACCCCAAGUCGGAGGCCUCAGUGAACAAAAGUGCCCCUGGGUUGACGACUCAGCCUCAGGAGUUGGACCAAGUGCUAACGCAACCUGACCACUCUCCCCCAGAUGAUGCCAAUGUCGAACACACCCCACGCCAGACAUAUAGGCUUUCAGACAAUAAUGAAGGGGCUUACAAUAACGAAGGGGCUGGCAACAAUGAAGGGGCCGACAUUACUGCCGUCACUAAGACACAAGAAGUGGUACAAAUCCAAGAAGACGAUCUGAUCAGCUUUGACUAAGUAGUGGGAAGCAAUGGAGCUAACGGGUUUAUGAUAUCAGGUAGCUAGCAAUUUGCUUACAGUGCCAAAUUCAAGAAGCAUUUUGUUUGGGGUUCAGUGGUAUCAAAAAGUGAAAGCCAACAUGUUACCUAACGGUCGCUCUAUUGAGCUAUUUCUUGUUUUCCUCGAAAUCUUGGAGCUAUGUGAAUAGUGG